UAGAAAUGUGUGAAAAUUUUCGGAAGCAGAUAGAAUUUGAUAGUGCUUUUCAGUCUUAUCUAACGUGAAAGAUGAGAUUUUAACGUAUCUCAUGAUUUGCUCGUUUUCCCAUACGCGAUUAUCCACAAACUUCCCCAUACCUUUCUCUAUAUCAAUGCGGCAACUCUUUUUAAUUCAAUUUUCAUUACCCAAUUUCAUCAUUUCUUCGCCGGAAUGGAUCGCUCUUCGUCGGAAAAUCUCAUCCUCGUUAACAGAGAAUCAAAUGGGAUCGCAUUCAUUACGAUCAACCGCCCGAAGUCGUUGAAUUCGUUAACGAAACAUAUGAUGGCAGAUUUAGCUCACGCGUUUAAGAGCUUAGACCGCGACGAUUCUGUCCGGGUCAUCAUCCUCUCUGGAUCAGGACGAGCCUUCUGCUCCGGUGUAGAUCUAACUGCGGCUGAGGAUGUUUUCAAGGGAGAUGUGAAGGAUGUUGAAUCCGAUCCCGUUGCGCAAAUGGAACUCUGCCGGAAGCCGAUCAUCGGAGCGAUUGCAGGUUUUGCUAUCACCGCUGGAUUUGAAAUCGCUUUGGCUUGUGAUAUACUCAUCGCUGCCAAAGGAGCCAAGUUCAUCGACACUCAUGCUAGAUUUGGGAUAUUUCCUUCAUGGGGAUUAUCUCAGAAAUUAGGAAGGAUAAUUGGAGUCAACAAAGCUCGUGAAGUAUCGUUAACGGCGAUGCCUCUAACGGCGGAGGAAGCAGAGAAGAGGGGAUUGGUGAAUCAGGUGGUUGAAGGAAGUGAAUUGUUGAAGAAAGCUCGAGAGGUUGCGGAGGCAAUCUUGAAGAACAAUCAGGAUUUGGUAGUGAGAUACAAGUCAGUCAUUAACGAUGGCUUGAAGCUUGAUCUUGGCCAAGCUCUUACGCUAGAAAAGGAGAGAGCUCAUGCGUAUUACAAUGGAAUGACGAAAGAACAAUUCCAGAAAAUGCAAGAAUUCAUAGCUGGUCGGAGCUCCAAGAGACCUUCCAAGUUAUAAUUAAUUUAAUUUGUCUAAACCCCUUUCACUUUUUCAAUAAUAACAAAAACAAACCUUUCAUCUUCUUUUUAGCUGUUACUAUAUUGGAAACAAGAAUUUCAUCCCCAUCGCCAUAGCCGAUCGAUGCGAAUCACUUCAUAAUUAA